UCGUUAAUCGCGCAGUGGGGAAAGGGAGUGACGAGUGACUACGAAUUACAAUUAGCGACACAACAGAUGAAAGCGUGACGUGAAUACGUCGGCUUGCCAUACCGCGUCGAGAUAAUGUCGUUCGAGAAGAGAAACGUUGUACGUUUAUAAAGCGCAGGGUACGACAAAAGAGCCCCGUAAUUUAACUCGACGGCACUGUUUUGUCGCGCAGUUGCCAGAAAAUGGAAGCAGACUAUCAACCGACGCUAAGCCCAACGCGAACUUUGACAGCAACAGCCAAUGACGUCGAAGAUCCAUACCCAAGUUUGUCGGAUUAUCAUGACUAUGAGCCUAAGUUGGAGUUCGACGAUACCGAGAUACAGACCACUUCAAAUAAUGCUGUACAACUUUUAGAAGAAAAAUUGGAUUUGAUUAGCAGUGGCGCUGGUACUGGGAUAGAUUAUAUGGAGAGUCCAGUGAGCGAUGGAACAAUCGAAGAGAACUUUGAAGAAGCUUUGGUAGAUGCUCCAGUUAUCGAAUCCGCAGAGGAUCUUGCUGCAUUGGAUGGCGAGCUUACCGACGAAGAAGAUUAUAUUGAUAUUGCGAGAUAUGGUAUUGUAGAAGUGGUUGGUGAUGACAGUGCUGGUCGUAAAAUAAUCGUAGUAUCUGCAUGUAAAUUACCUCCCGUUGGAAGAGAAGCAUUCAAUCAUGCUAAACUUCUUAGGUAUCUCACGCAUACUUUAGAUACAUUUGUAGAGCAAGACUAUAGCUUGGUUUAUUUUCACUAUGGUCUUACUUCUAAGAAUAAACCACCAUUAUCCUGGUUAUGGCAAGCGUAUAAAGCUUUUGAUAGAAAAUAUAAAAAGAAUUUAAAGGCUUUGUAUUUAGUACACCCAACCAAUUUUAUUAGAAUUGUAUGGCAAAUAUUUAAACCAGCCAUUAGUGCGAAGUUUGGACGUAAAAUGAUGUAUGUUAAUUAUUUAGAGGACUUAGCACAAUAUGUUAAUCUUGAUCAACUUAUUAUACCUCCUCAAGUAAUAGAACAUAAUGAACAGCUAAUGUUAAAGAAUAAAAAGAAUUUACCAACGAGUCCACCUCAGAGUACGGUAACAACACCAGUUGGUACCACUCAAUUCGGAGCAAGUCUCCCCUUUAUUAAAGAAAAUAACAAUAAUGAUCCUAUACCACCAAUAGUGCGACAAUGCGUUGAAUUUCUUGAUACGCCUGAUGCUCUAGAAACAGAAGGAAUAUUUAGACGGUCAGCUAAUGUAGCUGUAGUUAAAGAACUUCAGCAUCGUUGUAAUUUAGGUCAGCCUGUAGAUUUCCAUGGAGAUCCACAUAUAGCAGCAGUUCUUCUUAAAGCAUUUCUUCGUGAAUUAGAUGAACCUCUUAUGACAUAUGAAUUGUAUGAUGAAAUAACACAAUUUCUAAGUCUAUCGAAAGAUGAACGUCCAAGAAAAGUAAAAAUAUUAGUACUUGAGAAACUUCCAGAAGACAACUAUAAAGUUUUAAAAUAUAUUGUACAAUUUUUAUCGAGGGUAAUGGAUAGGUGCGAUUUGAACAAAAUGACAUCAAGAAAUCUUGCUGUGGUAUUUGGUCCAAAUCUCGUCAGAGCGCCACCCUCGCGUGGAAUGUCACUUUCUGCAAUAGGUCCUAUUAAUCAAUUCAUAGAUUUUUUAUUCAUGCAUCAGGAUGAAAUAUUUAUUAUUUAAAGAAGUUAUAGAAGCAAAUGUUGAAGGCCUAAUUUGAAACGAAAUUAGUACUUUAUGUAUGUUGUAGAAAGGAAAUCCUACAGGUCUGGCUGCCGAGUUUGAUAUCGCAAAAUAACUUCGAAGAGAAAUUUUAUAGAAUUUUUAAUAAGAACUUUGACAAGUCUCUAUCAGAUCUUUGAAGUCAUAUCAAACUUAUUGAAACUUAAAGUGAACGUAACAAUUCAUGUAUAAUAUUCAUAUUUAAUUAUAACAUCCGUACUUCGUUGAUUAAAAUAUUUUUAUAUUUGAAUAUACAAAUAGGGAAAUAUCUGCAUACCUACUAAUGUCACAAAUAGCGCUUAAUUAUACAGCCUGCACAAGAUUUUUUAAUGAAUUGGUACAAUGAUUUCAGAAAGAGAAUACUGAAUAUUGAAAUAAUACAAAGAACUCUGGAUGCUAGUUUAAAAAUAUGUAAACUUACAUGAAAAUUAAUGGUAUACCAAAGAUACAUGAAAAUGUCAUGCAAUUAUUGUAAAAUUUAGGAUUAUUUAGGAAUAGUAUAACAUAAUAAAAAUAGAGAAGCAGAAGUAUGAUGUACAGGAUGCCUUGCUCGCAUAAUUUUAUUAAUUUAAGACAAAUGAACAUGACACAACUCAUAAAAGUCAUAAUUAAUUAACUAUUGAUUAUAUCUUGUUAUAGUUGAUUAGUAUAGCCAAAGCGAAAUAUGGUAACGAAUUAGUAAGUACUAAUAGUAUAUGGCAUCCUUUGUAUUAAAAUCAUGUACACACGUACUGAAAGGAGUAGUAAUGUAUAAAAUUUUAGUCCGAUUUAAUGAAACUGUCCAUUUAACUAUACAAGUACGAAGAAUUCUAAUGAAUAAUUAAAAUAAUUGCAUUACACUAUAAAAUUGAGUUUAAAUUACAAUAAAACUUAUUACUUUUACGUAAGUAGAGUGAAAUCAAUUGUCAUCAUGUGAUUAGCAUGUUAUGUGAUGUUUUGGUCUAUAACUUUAAACGUGAUCGUAAUCUGUAAAAUAACAGAUUCUUGAAAAAAAAAAGAAAAUCGCAUGAUCAUUUUCUAGGUAAAAAUAGAGAUGAAAACUAUAGAAAUUGUUAUUCAUUAUUAUCGUAAUUUAACAGUUAGAUUAAAAUCAUUGUCAGGGUAUUGUGUAAUGUAAUAUUAACAUAUGUCUCGUUGUCACUUUAAGGAUAAAAAAAACUUACACUAAUCUUUUCAGGAUCAAAUAUGUAUCUUUGUACAUUUUUUUAAAUAGUCCUGCCAUUAUGGGUGUCUGGGAUAAAAUAGUCUAAUCGUCUAAUACAUACUUUGUUAUCAAAAAAGACUAACCCAGACCUAUAUAGAACUGAUACAACUCAAUUACAUUCCUUGUUAUUAUUGAUAGAAUAAAAUUGCUGUAAUAAAGCAUGAUUAUUUAUACAGAAACUAAGAUACUGAAUGUGUCAUAAAAUGUAUAUUACACAAUUCAUAAUUUCUUAUCAUUACUUUCAAUGUUUUAAAUAUUUUUCUGAUUCACAAACGGCCAUGGACAACCCAUCCAUAAAUUUACAUCAAGCUACGAUUUAAACUAUGAAAUAAUGAAUCGGUAUGAAAAAAUAUUUAUGUUGCUACAAUAGAUGAAUUUGUGGAUGUUCAUGAUCCAUGUAUGUACCUGUGAUAGAGUAGAAUAUUUGUACUUUAGUCUCACAAAUACUAUGCAUGUAAUUAAAUUAAGAUAACGAUAUUUUCCAACAGUCCUUUAAUUUGUAACUAAUUAUAAAACUAAUCUAAAUUGUGAAGUAUAAAACACAAAACAUUCCCAAGAAA